UUGGGAAGGAUCUUUUUUUCUUGAGCGCUUUGACGCUUCGGUUUGGCACCUUUUACGGACACCAAACAUUUUUCAUGAAUUUCGAAUGCAGUGUAGUGAAGCUCGCAGCAGCCUUUACAUAAUGCUUGGAAAACAUGUGAACGCAAUACUAAUUUUCCAUUCUUUUGCUCUCGCUCAUCACGAACCUUCUUGAUCGAAGAAGUCCUCCGAAUGAUUUGGACGUUUGUGAUUUCUUAUUAGAAAGUCAAUGUGUGCGUUAUUCACGCAUACCGUAUUAUGUUAAUCAGCAUUUCAUAUUCUCUUUGAACUGGAACAUAAAAUGUUUAGUGGAACUCGAUACUUCGAUCUUUGAUACUCCUGCAUUACGAAUUAUGAUUCUAGUCUUUAGCUUGGAAAUAAACCAUGGCAAUGUACAGAAGGUUAGAAGAAUGCCUUAUGUUCUUGCUGUUAGCCAAGCGGGCGAGAAGACAUGUCAGGUUCUUUAAUGAUAAAAGUCUAGUUUUGAAAAAAGUGUGUAGGCGUUGUCGAGUUUGUAGUCAGCGGAAAGGUCUUGAUACAAUUUUUAUAACUUGAGCUUUGCCUCGUUCCAUGUUUAUGCUCUAGUUGGAUCAAGCUUUUCGUGUUUGGAAUGUCCACUGGAAAUAUUUAUGUUCAUGUUUCAGGCCGUUGAUUGCUCUGUACAAAUUAGGUUGAAGUUGUUGUCAUUUGAGUAGCUCGUAGGUCCUUGAUUCCAUAGAAAGGGUUGAUCUUUUCUAUUAAUGGCUAAGUAAUCCGCACUCGUGGUAUGUCAGCAGGUGAUGUUGUAGCAAAUGUUUUUGAGAUUACGACACAGGCUAGAAGUCAAUGGUCAUCAAAAAUUUCAUGAUACUGAAUCCGUGACGGUGCUAAUCGAUGUUCACUACAUUAGGAAUGGCUCUUCGGGAUUGCUGGACGGCGUGGUAGUCGGAGAAUGUAUUCCACGCCAGACGCCUUUCUACUAUUCAAAUGGAUUGUAGCAGCCUGAUCUGUGAGAGUUGGUAGUUCGCUCUUACAAUGUCCAUUUUCGUGAUUACACCAGUAAAUAUCAAGGUUAACUAUGGCAUCUGAAGAUUUGGGUCCUGAAUCCGAGGAGGGUGCACCCGGAGACCAAACCCAGAAGCCUGACGCUGAGCUCGCCAACGUUUUGGUUCUCUCAAAAUCAAGGCUCACAAAUGAGGAUCAUCAUGUUGAAAUCGAUGCGUCACCUGCGUUGUACAAGAAAGAUAUGGUACCAGGCUUUUGUGCCCAGAAUGGCCCAGAAUCCACUUACGAAUGGAGCGGAAAGGAGGAUCUGAAAUCCAAGACCAUGGAUAAUGAAGAGGAGCAUGUAGUCACUCCGGAGCCGGAGUCGGUGGUAGCGAGUGAGAAAACUGAAGUUGGACUAGCUACUGUUGUUGUCAGUGUAAGCACGAAACACAUCGAGAUUGCCCUCCAAGAGCCUAAGUGUGUGGAGGCAGCGGAGGCACCUGAUGUUGGACAAGUUGCGGCUAGUGACACCGUGAGUGAAAUUACUAAAGAGACAGAAUUGCCUGAAUCGGCUCUGUUGCAUGAUGUUGGGCAAAAAUCUGUACGUGUCAUCGUGCAGCAAACCAAAACGGUCGAUGUUGAGGUACCAGAGAAGCAGAAGCGGAAGCGUCGACAGAAAGCGACAGCGAACUUCGAGUUGGAAGAGCAGGAAGCAGGUAGGAGGAACAAGAGACCCUCUAGGCAGCACUCUAAAGUGUCGACGUAUGAUGAAUCCGCCAUGGACAAAGUAAUGGAAGAGCAAAUCGAGGGAUCAUCUUCAAGGAAAGGUGCCAAAAGAAAACAUAACAGCGUAAUUAGAGGAAUCGAAACGGAAGCUAUGGUUGCUGCUGCUCUAGGUUUCCCACGGGACUCACUUACGGAGGAGGAAAUUGCUGCAAAUGUAGUCAGCGUAGUGGGUGGAAAAGAGCAGGAAAAUUAUAUUGUCGUACGCAAUCACAUUUUGGCUGCUUGGAGGGAGAAUGUAAAUGUAUGGCUGGAGCAGGAGACUGUGAUGGAAAAUAUACGAAGUACGCACAGUAAAUUAGUUGCCUCGGCUUAUAAAUUUCUAUUGUUCCAUGGUUACAUUAACUUUGGAGUUGCUCCUACCAUCAAAGCAAGGUUUCCAGCAGAAAGAAACAAAGCUAAGGUGAUUAUCGUUGGAGCUGGACUUGCAGGCCUCGGUGCUGCCAGACAUUUGAUGGCUUUAGGGCACCAGGUGAUUGUGCUGGAAGGUAGGCAGCGGCCUGGAGGUAGAGUAUAUACAAAGAGGAUGGAGGUGGAUAGCAUACAUGCUGCAGCUGAUUUAGGGGGUAGUGUUGUCACUGGGAUGCAUGGGAACCCCUUAGGUGUUUUUGCUCGUCAAAUGAACUGGGCAAUGCAUAAGAUAAAGGAUUUGUGUCCAAUUUAUCAACCCAACGGUCAACCUGCUGUUGAUGAAGUUGAUAAGAAGGUGGAAGCACAAUUCAAUCAGUUGUUGGACACAUGCAGCAAAUGGCGAGAGGAGAAUGAGUCGAAGUCUUCAUAUAUUUCGCUAGGCAAUAUCAUGGAGUUUUUACGCCACAACUGUGGAAUGGGUACUAUUCCUGCUGAGAGACAACUUUUUGAUUGGCACUUUGCAAAUCUUGAGUAUGCCAAUGCACAGUUACUCACCAACCUCUCGCUUUCUGAUUGGGAUCAGGAUGAUCCUUAUGAAAUGGGAGGGGACCACUGCUUUCUACCUGGAGGGAAUGUGCAGUUGAUAGAAGUUCUGUGCGAAAAUGUGCCAAUCCUAUACGGUAAAACUGUGAAGAGAAUACGUUAUAGAGAUGGUGGGGUGAAAGUUGAAACUGCAGAUGAAACUUUUGAGGGUGAAAUGGUUCUGUGUACUGUGCCAUUGGGUGUUUUGAAAAGGAACCUGAUCAGUUUUGAGCCCCCACUUCCUCAAUACAAGGUAGAUGCCAUUCAGAGGUUGGGCUUUGGCCUUCUAAACAAGGUGGUGAUGCUUUUCCCAAAAGUGUUUUGGGAUGGUCAUCUGGAUACAUUUGGGCACCUUGAGGAAGAUCCACAUAAACGCGGCGAAUACUUCAUGUUUUACAGCUACGCGGCAGUGGCUGGGGGGCCGCUGUUGGUGGCUCUAGUGGCAGGAGAAGCCGCCAUUGCGUUCGAGUCCACUACCCCAGUUGAAGCUGUAACGCGUGUUAUGACCAUCCUGAGAGGUAUUUUCGAACCAAAGGGGAUAAAAGUGCCGAACCCCGUGCAGACUGUAUGCACACGAUGGGGAAGCGAUCAUCUUUGUUUUGGUUCAUACUCGAACGUGGCAGUGGGAGCAUCAGGCCAAGACUACGACAUAAUGGCAGAGUCAGUAAAUCAUAGGCUCUUUUUCGCAGGCGAGGCAACGAUUCGCAAGUAUCCUGCAACCAUGCAUGGUGCACUUUUAAGUGGCUAUCGUGAAGCAGCUAAUAUGGCAAGAGCUGCGUUAGCCAGAUUGGAACCAUCUAAACCAGAAAGAAUUCAAUCAAGAGACUUACAUUCAUAUUCAACAAUUCUGGUAGAUCUUUUCAAAGAACCCGAUCUCGUGUUUGGAAAUUUUUCCGUCAUUUUUAAUCAGCAGGUAUUGGACCCGUCUUCGCUGGCGAUUUUGCGAGUGCAUAUGAUCUCUCCUGACAAGAGUGCCAAUGCAUCUGUAGAUGGCACAACUGAAAUCUUUGUUCCAGAGCAAUUGUUUUUGUAUACUACCGUAACUCGUCAACAGGCUUUGGAUUUGAGUAGAUUGGAUAAUGAUAAUGAAAGGCUACAGCACCUUUGUCUCAAUUUUGGGGUGAAGUUGGUCGGACGGAAAGGUCUUGGUCCAGAAGGAGAUACGUUAGUUUUCACGAUUAAGUCGGAUCGUGCUGCAAAGAAGGCUUCUCCCCAUUAGUUAUACUGUUUCAAGUGCUGUAAGAUGAGCUUCUCAGGAAGCAACAGAUGAGAUGAAACUUUUGUAGCUAGGGUUUGACACGUCACGAUUCCUCUCCCAACAAUAUUAAAGUAGUCUUCAGUACAUUUCUGAUCACACAAGACAAUACUAGGCGUCUUAAGUAAUGUGCUCCUGUUCUCAAAGCCUGCUGAAGACCUUUGAUACAUCCCCUAUACUCUCAAUGCCUGCUGAAGGCUCUUGUUUAAUCAUGACGUAGCAGCGAUGCAUUCAUUCAGCAUCUCCGUAGGGAUGGAAGUGUAGAUCCACUAUUUUAUGAUGCACUCUCCUUUGUCUGGUUUACUUUGGGACAGUGCUAAUUUGAUUCAUUCAGUCGCAUUUCUCGCGAA